CCGCCUACGCCGGGGGCGAGAUCCCAAGCUUUGCCCCCGAGAAUCCGGAUCCAUCAGAUCUGCUUUGUCCGAUGUAUUCCGGCGGCGGCAACGGAGGAACUUAGAUAGGGUUUCUACUGUCCGGGACCGUGGAUCUGGCCAUCUCCUACACGGACGUUUCGUGCUGUUUCUGCUGCUUUUGGCAGGUCGGCCAACGAUCCUAUGAUUCAUGAUUCUUGCCUUUCUGUUUCGGGAUUAAAUGCAGGUUGCGUCGCUAUUGGUUUUCCGCGAACCUCUAUUUGUCUUUUUGUGUCUUCUUGGACUGCAGAAGUUUCGCAUUCUUUGCUUGCUCCUGAUUCGGAACAACUCCUCAACUAUUGCCAUAAUGUCAAUGUUGUCAAAGCUGCGGUGUAUAACUGUGGAUGUGACUGGCACUCUAAUAGCAUAUAAAGGAGAACUUGGAGAUUACUACUGCAUGGCAGCUAAAGCAGUAGGAUUGCCCUGUCCGGAUUACAAACGCAUGCAUGAAAGCUUCAAGGCUGCAUAUACAGACAUGGCAAAACGGCAUCCAUGUUUUGGACAUGCAGCCAAAAUGCCAAAUCCUGAUUGGUGGAGGUUAUGUGUUAAAGAUUCAUUUAUCAGGGCAGGUUAUGAAUACGAUGAUAAGACAUUUGAGAAGGUGUUCAAACGAAUAUAUUCAACCUUUGGAUCUUCUGCACCUUAUUCUGCAUUUCCUGAUUCUCAUCCCUUCCUUAGAUGGGCACGUCAAAAGGGUUUCAAAGUUGGAAUUGUCAGCAAUGCAGAAUAUCGAUAUCAAGAUGCAAUUCUUCCUGCCUUGGGACUCAAUCAGGGGUCAGAGUGGGACUUUGGUGUAUUCUCAGGCAUAGUGGGUAUUGAGAAACCAGACCCAAGGAUCUACGAGAUUGCACUCGAGAUGGCAGGAAAUAUUGCCCCGGAGGAAGCACUGCACAUCGGAGACAGCAUGCACAAGGAUUACAUCCCUUCUAGAAGUGUGGGUAUGAGUGCGAUGCUGUUGGACAGAUUUAAGACAUCAGAUGCUGAGAGCUGGAGGGAUGCUGGUGCAGUUGUGCUUCCUGAUCUAGUUGCUGUUCAAGAAUUGCUCACCAAGGAAGUCUAAAUUCUGCAACUACAAGUGCAAGAUGUGUCUUUAUUCAUUUCUAUCUGAUCGAAAUUCUUGAAACUCUACUGUGUAUAUCAUUGAUAGGGAAAAACACAAGUGAAGGAAGACUGGAACCUGAAUUUCAUCAUAUCAAGGUCGAGAAAUUAAAUUUACCUUGUGAUUGACGCUAUAGCAAUACUGGCAAACCUUAAUUUCACUUUUGUUGUAAACUUAAAACUUGCAACAAGAUAUGAUAUCAGGACUUACAUUCUAAGUUUUUUUUUGUCGACCUUGUAUAUUCAUCGUGUACGUCUAACAUUAAUAAGAAACAAAGGCAACUUAAUAGUGAUUUGACUUGGGAAUGCUUAAAAUUUGAUACAACCAUCUAUAGCUAAAGAUUACUUAUUCAAAAGGUGGAAACUAAAUUACUAAAAAUACGGCUCUUAAA